AUGUCUGCUGCGGCCUCGGAGGCCGCCCCUUUGCGCUUCUCUGGAGAGAAUGAGGAUGGAAGAGAAUACAAGAGAUGGAAGACUUGGGUAAAGAAUAAGCUCUUGACCCUGGACAAGUUACCUGAAACUGCCUAUAUAUACACGUUGUUGGCUGGCAAGGCCUUGGAGGCCGUUGAACACCUGGAUCCGGGCGACUAUCAGAAGAAAGAUGGCGACCAGGUCCUGUGGUCGUUGCUGGACAAAAGGUUUCCUCAGCUGGAAGUGGUCGAUGAGCUUGGUGAAAUCCUGGGCGAGGUUUUCAAUCUUCGCUCCCAGGAGGGGGAAACGAUGAAACAAUGGGCUGCCAGAGCAUCGGAGUUGUUCGACCGAUGCCACAGGAAAACAGGAGUUCAGUUUCCUGACGAAGCCAGAGGCUGGCUUUUGUUGCACAGGGCCAACCUCAGCGAGGAGCAGAAGGCCGUGGUCAUUUCGCGUGCCCGUGGAGAUCUCAAACGAGAAUCCAUUGCAGCAGCUCUCCGAUCAUGCUACCCCGACCUUGUUGUUGGAAAACGGCGAACAGCCGUUGCAUUGGCGGAAGAGACCAUUGACGAUCCAACCGAGCCCCACGAUGCCUGGGAAGAAGAUUUUUCAGACGUGGAGCACCUGCUGGAAGAACAUCAAUCGUCCGCUGAUUGGGCCGCUGACACGGAGGCCUACAAUGAAGCUGAGGUGCACCAGUUCAAGUUCGGAAAUGGUGAUGUGGAGACCUCCCACUAUUCCGUCCAGAUGCCCGUCAUCCUGGCUAAUCGCCGAGGGGUGAUCAGAGCUGCAAAGGUGACGAGAAAGGUGGAAGAUGAUCUCAUCAACGACACGCCGUCGUUGCUCAUUCUGUAUGGUCUUCGAUUGCCUGAGAGUGAUCGGUACAUCCGUAAGAGCACCCGUCUGUUGGUUUCUCAUGAAGACAUGUCCAGCCUGGGUCUCACAUGUGACCACACUGGAACGCAUCAGUGUCAUGAUGUGAUCGCCGGUAGUGCACCUGGUGUUCCUCGUAUCAGUACUUUUGCUGGUGCCUACCCCGUGAAGUUUGUUCAAGCGGUGUUGAAUAUGAUACCUCAGUUUAAGCUAGAUCGAUCCAAGGCCACCUCGUCAUGUGAAUGCAUCGCUCAUGUAGAAGUCAUCAAUGAAGUCCCCGAUGCGUCAUGGACAGAGAUCCUAGCCGCUGGACAGGAGCUCUUGACUAAGGUGAAGGAAGAAGGUUCGGUCCAUCUGUUGCUGAACGCUUUGAUGGAGCACGAAACCAGUGAAUUUGAGUUUGUGCCCUCUACUGGAUACAGCCUGGACAGUGGUGCCAUGAAUGACUCGUCCAAGCGUCGCCUGACCGCUGACUCGAGUCAGGCCCCACAUGUGCAUUCCCAGAGGCCGAUCGUGAAGAUGAGCUUCAAAGACCAGGGAUCGGUUCCUCUCCCCAAGGGCAUCACCUCGAUGGACCAUUGGGGUAAGACCUUGAUCACGUCAGGAAAGCUGUCUAAGCAGAACCUCAGCUAUGAAGACCUUGCAAGUUCACCUGAGACGGAUUUGGUGAACUACAGUCGAUGGCUCAUGGCGCAGAAAGAUCGCACCAACAUGUCGCCACCCAUCAAGGACCUCAUUGCCUACUUGCUGGCAUACACGGAGUUGGCUGAGGGGUCGACUGAGCGAUUCCCAGACAGCACGAUCCCACGGAAGUUCAAGAGUUGA